AUGAACAACGGUGGUUAUCUCCAACUCCCUCUUCCCUUCUCCCUUCCUUAUAAUGACGAAGGAGGAGCAGUUAAGGCCAAGAUCAUGUCUCAUCCUCAUUACCAACGUCUCUUAUCUGCCUUCACCAAUUGCCAAAAGAUUGGAGCGCCGCCGGAAGUGGUGGCAAGGCUGGAGGAGGCGGCGGCGGCGAUGGGUGGUUGUGUGACUUCAUCAAGCUGUAUUGGUGAAGAUCCGGGUUUGGAUCAGUUCAUGGAAGCUUAUUGUGAGAUGUUGAUUAAGUAUGAACAACAACUAUUGAAACCCUUUAAGGAAGCUAUGAUGUUUCUUUCAAGAAUGGAGUCUCAAUUUAAAGCUAUUACUGUUCUUGCCUCUUCAGACGUUUCUGCGUGCGUGGAAGGUUUUGACAAGAAUGGUUCAUCGGAUGAAGAUGAAGAAGUCGAGGCCACAAAUAUCAACAACAACAUGAUAAUUAAUCCUCAAGCUGAGGACAUAGAUCUCAAAGGUCAGCUUCUACGCAAAUACAGUGGUUAUCUCGGCAGCCUGAAACAAGAAUUCAUGAAAAAGAGAAAGAAAGGAAAGUUACCAAAAGAAGCAAGACAACAAUUGCUCGAUUGGUGGAGUCGACAUUACAAAUGGCCAUACCCUUCAGAAUCGCAGAAGGUUGCGUUGGCCGAAUCGACGGGUUUGGAUCAGAAGCAAAUAAAUAAUUGGUUCAUAAAUCAGAGGAAGAGACAUUGGAAACCAUCGGAGGAUAUGCAGUUUGCGGUUACGCAGCCUCAUUAUUUCUUCGAUAAUAAUAAUGUUUUUGGUAAUCCAUUAAUUCCAAUGGAUCUUUCUUCGAACUCUAUCCUUUAG